AUGGCACUGGUACACGUCGUGUUAAUAUGGGGGACCAAUAACACGACGACCGACAAUCUGACGGCAAUCGAGAUUAUGCAUCGACAAACCGGCAGCAAAUUGGUCUUGGCCGCCCGUAUCUUCUAUGCUGCAUUCAUCUGGAUGGCAAAAUUCACUGUCCUCGAGUUUCUGAAACGAACCAUAGGAGCAUCGUGGGCGAAGUCGUACGAGUGGGGACUGAGAGCCAUUUAUGUCUUUCUUGCAUUGACCUACAUUGCGGUCAUGAUCGGAACGCUCGCGGAAUGUCAGCCUUUUGAUCAUUACUGGCAAGUCGUGCCAGAUCCCGGCCCGCAGUGCCGUGAGGGACUAGUCCAGCUUCUGGUGAUGGGAGUCUGCGACAUCGUCACUGAUGUCGUUCUUGUCGCGUUUCCAAUCCCCGUCGUGCUAAGGUCGACCAUGCCGAUGAAGAAGAAGCUCAGUCUCAUCGGACUAUUCCUUCUCUCCGGCAUCUUGAUUGGUGUCACGGCGUACCGAGUUCCAUCGACCAUCGACCGACAAUCGGACCAAACGUAUCGAUCAUUGCUGGCGUCAUUAGAGAUUCUGGCAGCGACAUUCGUCAGCAAUGCUGUCAUCAUCGGCUCGUUCAUUCGCGAUAAAGGGGUCAAGAAAGCAAAGUUCCGAGCGGCAUCAGUCGCAGACUCGACGAAUGGCGUUGGGCCACUCUCGCGUGUGGCCACUGCACGCUCUGCUCAGGUCACCAUGAGGCACUGGGGCAGCGAUGAGGACCUGGUUAGCGAUUUGGGCAUGUCUCUGCCGUCUUCUUUGCACUACGGAGGCUCCGGGCCCAGAGCGCCUUCUGCUGCUCCUGCGUACGAGCCGGCGCUGCCUUCAGUUGACGAGAAGCCUGCUCACAGUAGGAAAACAUCCGAGAUAGACCAGGGUUGGACCUUCAGACAUGGCUCCCGGUCACGGAGUCGCCAGCAUAGACGAUCUUCAGUCUCAUCUGUAUCGACUACCUCGAUCGACAUCAAGUUGCGAGGUCUGCAAGCGUCGAUGGACGAGCCAGUCAGUCCAGGGGCGAAUAUGGAUACAGAGCCGCUUAGCAAGCAGAUGUCAUUCUUCGACGUAGGCGGGCUGGUCGACGCACCCAAGACGACCGUCUCUCAGACUCGACUACCUGAACCGGCCGAACGGACAGGUGCACGCGGCCGUUCUGGGUCGAAACAAUUCCUCUCCGACAUAGGCGGUAUGCUCUCGAGACACAAGGAGGAGGACACCGAGUCAGAUGUCCCAAGUCGGACGCCGUCGAAAUUACGGGAAAGGAGGAAGUUCAGUCGCAGUCCGAAUCCAGCCCAUAGGCUCGCAGGAUCACGUUCCGCGAGUGGGAAGCAGGCUCAGCAAUUCGAGCAGAGUCCGCAGGUCAGACCAACGGACGAUGGCCCAGAUGCGCUGUCCUUCGGGGAUGUUGGCGGUCUGUUGAAAUGA